GUUGCACAUACGAGAAGAGACAGAUGGUCGACAUACUAGAAGAGAAAGACGGUCUACCUGGAUAUGGAUCUUCUGCUGAUGGUGUUGCUGUUGCUAUGGAGAUCAGGACUCUGGGCUGAAGGAAGACACAACUCAACCGGUUCUCAGGAGUGUGAAAGCACAGCCAAGGCUGACAUCGUGGUGUUGGUGGAUGAGUCUGGGAGCAUCAGCCGUUCAGACUUUGAAACCAUGAAGACCUUUCUUGAUGGAAUGGUCAGCAAUUUCAACAUUGGCCCAGACAGAGUCCAGAUUGGUCUGGUUCAGUACAGUGAUAACCCAAGGACCACGUGGCACCUACACACCCACCAGACCAAAUAUUCCAUGCUGAAGGCCAUCGCCAAUCUGGAACAGCUACAAUCACAAACCUUCACAGGACGUGCUCUGAACUACAUCCUUCCAAACAACUUUAAACCCAAUGUGGGAAUGCGAGCAGACUCCAAAAAGAUUGCUGUCUUGAUCACUGAUGGAGAGUCCUACGACGACGUAAUCCUCCCCUCAGAGAAACUGAAGGACGCCGGCAUUGAGAUCUACACUAUUGGUGUGAAGGAUGUUAACGAGAAGGAGCUAAGUGACAUUGCCUCCGAUCCUGAAGAAAUUCACACCUACUAUAUCGAUAACUUCUCAUCCCUCCUGCACGUUGUCGACGACCUCACCAUCAACAUCUUGUUUGUCAGGCUAGUGAAUGGGACCAGUCUGUGCUCAGGCAGGCUGGAGGUGAACACUAACCAGUCUACCCAGCGCUGGUCCCCAGUGUGUGAAGAUGACUUUGACCAGCAGGAUGCAGAGGUGGUCUGUAGGGAGCUUGGUUGUGGGGCUCCUUCAGUCCUCCAGGGGGCGCUCUAUGGAGAAGUGGAAGCUCCAAUGAGGACCAAAGAGUUCCAGUGUGGAGGCAACGAGUCUGCUCUCCUAGACUGUAGAAGCUCAGGGUCAGAUAGAAACAUCACCUGCUCACCUGGAAAAGCUGUUGGACUCACCUGCUCAGAUCCUGUCAGGUUGGUUGGAGGAUCCAGUCACUGUACUGGAACACUGGAGGUGAAACGAGGAGACUGGAGACCAGUGGAUGUCUCUGAUUGGACCCUGAAGGAAGCAGCGGUAGUCUGUGAAGAGCUGGACUGUGGCUCUCCUGUUUCAGCAGGAAUAAGAAAUGAGUCUCUACCCAACUCUACAUGGGAGAUCAGUCCUAACUGUAUUCACUCUGGGUAUACCCUGAAAGAGUGUGUAACAUCAGGUUCCUCUUCCUCCAUCAUGAAGAUCAACUGCUUAGAGCCGGUCAGGUUGGUGGGAGGAUCCAGCCACUGUGCAGGAACACUGGAGAUGAAACGAGGAGACUGGAGACCAGUGGAUGUCUCUGAUUGGACCCUGAAGGAAGCAGCGGUAGUCUGUGGAGCGCUGGACUGUGGCUCUGCUGUUUCAACAGUAAUAAGAAAUGAGUCCUUAUCCAAAUCUGCAUGGAAGAUCAGUCCUAACUGUAUUCAGUCUGGAUCUGCCCUGAGAGAGUGUGUAACAUCAGGUUCCUCCUCCUCCAUCAUGGAGAUCACCUGCUUAGACUCUGUCAGGCUGGUAAAUGGGACCAGUCUGUGCUCAGGCAGACUGGAGAUGAAGACUAACCAGUCUACCCAGGGCUGGUCCUCAGUUUGUGAAGAUGACUUUGACCAGCAGGAUGCAGAGGUGGUCUGUAGGGAGCUUGGCUGUGGGGCUCCUUCAUUCCUCCAGGGGGCGCUCUAUGGAGAAGUGGAGGCUCCAAUGUGGACCAAAGAAUUCCAGUGUGGAGGCAACGAGUCUGCUCUCCUAGACUGUAGAAGCUCAGAUAGAAACAACUGCUCAUCUGGAAAAGCUGUUGGACUCACCUGCUCAGAUCUUGUCAGGUUGGUGGGAGGAUGGAGUCGCUGUACUGGAACACUGGAGGUGAAACAGGGAGACUGGAGAUCAGUGGAUGGCUCUGACCAGACCCCGAAGGAAUCAGCAUCUGUUUACUGUAGAAAGCUGAGCUGUAGCUCUGCUCUUUCAGUAGGAAGGAUAGAGGACUCCUCCAACAGAUCUGCAUGGAAGAUCAACUCCAACUGUGUUCAGUCUGGAUCUGCUCUGAGGGAGUGUGUAACACCAUCGUCUUCGUCUUCCUCCGUCCUGGAGCUCGCCUGUUUACUGUCCUCCUUUCUUCUGGUGUGA